AUGGUGAUUAAAAGCAAUUUACUUUGCUUUUACGGUGUAGAGGGUCGGUCGGUGCGUAUCGAUCGCGUAUUGAAACAAAGCCGUGGAUUGUUUUGGCGGCGGAGGAGCCGGCGGAGCUUGAGGUGUGUCGACGUGCUGUCUGGUGCGAGAAUCGGUCCAUGGUGUUCAAGUGAUGGUGCAUUAGAUGGUGCCACUCCCGCAAUCCAGUUGGGAACGGGCUACAAUGGUGUGUGCGUGUGCGGGGCUGCGGGGGGCGGGCGCGGGCAGCCGGCGCGCAUGGCGGCGCCAAUGAGGGAGGGCGCGCCGGCCGGCGGAGCUCGCCCCGCGCCCCACGCGCACCCCGCCAACUUCGAGUACGAUGACAACGAGUGGGACAUCGGCAUCGGCGACCUAAUCAUAGACCUCGAUGCCGACAUAGAGAAGACCGACGAGGCGGGCGGCAUGGCGGCGCGCGCCGAACCGGACGCGCAGCGCACCGCGCUCAAGAUGAAGAUCAAGCGCACCAAGCCCGGCACCAAGAGCUCCGAGGCGAAGCACGAGAUCGUGAAGUCGAAUGAAAUGAACGGCGAGCCGAAGCCGCCGACUGCGACGACGCCGGCCGCGGCCAAACGCGGCUCGGGCGGCCACCGGCGGGAUAAGGCGCGCGAGAAACACCACCACCCGCAUCCGCCGCACGAUGUGAACGGAGUGGCGCGCGUGCCGCCGCCGCCCAACGCGCCAGGCCCGCCUGCGCCGCCGCCCGCGCUGCCGCCCGCGCCGCCGCACGCGCCGCAGCCCAAACCCGAACCUAGACCCGCCGCGCCGCGUAUGGACACCAAGCCGGUGGUGCCACCUGCGCCCGCCGCCGCGCCCCCGGCCGUGGCACCAGCGCCACCGCCCGCGCCCUCUCCCGCCCCCGCGAUCCCCCAGCUGGCUAAACCUGAACCUGAUGACUCGCGGCAGGACCACAAUCCUCAACCUCCGGCUAAGAAACAAAAAACAGAAACUAAGGAGACGGCAGAAGUGUGCGUCGGUACAUCGGUGGGGACGAUCACCGAGCCGGACUGCUUGGGUCCCUGCGAGCCUGGUACAUCGGUCACGCUGGAGGGCAUCGUGUGGCACGAAACGGAAGGUGGUGUUUUAGUUGUGAAUGUGACGUGGCGAGGGAAGACUUAUGUCGGAACUCUAUUGGAUUGUACACGACAUGAUUGGGCGCCGCCACGAUUUUGCGAUUCACCUACGGAGGAGUUGGAUGCGCGGACACCCAAAGGUCGGGCGAAACGUGGUCGGGGCGCAGUGCCCACUGACAUGACGAAUUUCACCGAAACGCGAUCCUCAGUACAUAGUAAGCUCAGAAAUGGUGGUGCAAAGGGACGAAGAGCUUUACCUUCGCCUACACCGUUUACUCCACCGAGACCAGACUCAAAGAGGAAGCGUAAUUCAGAUGCAGAAGAGCGUCCUCCAACCCCUAAAGCAAAACGCCCACCUCCGACACCAUCGUCACCACCCCCAGAUCCUGUUUUACUUGAGUGUCCAGAACCUAAUUGUUCGAAAAAGUACAAACAUGCGAAUGGCUUAAAAUAUCAUCGAUCGCACGCACAUGGGUCGCCAGAUGACGAUGAUAAAGAUGGUUCUAGUUCAGAAUUAGAAGAACCUACGCCGGAGCCUGCUUCACCAGCUCGACCACCAUCAGAGCCUGCCACUCCUGCUACUCCCGUAAAAUCUCCUACUCCUACAAAAUCCCCUGAGGAAAAGAGUGAAAAGUCACCGGAAAAGUCUCCUGAGAAACCAGAGGCAAUAGAGUCACCCCCUCAGCCUCGUUUUGAGGAAUUUGCUGCGACUCCCGAGCCUCAACCUCAACCGGAACGUCCCCCGACCCCCCCGGCACCCACCACUCCUCCUCCUGAAUCUCUGCCGACCUUACAACCUACAACGCAGUUGACACAGUUUAAGGUAAAACCCAGGUCAGCACUAAUGCCAUCAGAGGAACGUAAGUCAACAGAGUCUCCACCAGACGAGUCGCCAGGCAAGCGUCGCGGGCGCCGGUCCCCAACCCCGGGUGUACGGUCGCCGGCGUACUCUGACAUAUCAGAUGAUGCUGCUCCCACUGAGGGAGCGGCUGAUGCGGAUGCUGGGCACCGACCUUUCCCGGUUUAUCAUCAUCAGUAUUAUGGACAGCCGCCAUACUUGCCGACGCAUCCGGCCAGCGCUCCGCCUCCCAGCGAUAAAGGGAAGGAAGAUUUGUCAAAGGGAGACCCAAAAUCAGACCUCAAGGAUGGAAAACCGGACGGAGGUCCUCAAAAGGUCCUUCAACCACAUUUUUACCCGUAUAACUAUGUUCCGAAUUUUCCCUACAACGUGGAAUCAGGCCCACCUCCUGGAACACCUUUAGAUGAGAAGGCAAAGGAGUCAGAUCGUUCCAAAACUACACCAAGUCCUUUAGACAAAAGUAAACAGUCGAGGUCUUCAGAGGGAAAAGAUCCAAGCAGACCGAAUGAGAACCAUCAGAUUUUGAAAGAGAGUAUAGAAAUGAAAGCGCAGAUGGGACCGUACGCCUUCCAAAGACCGCCGCAUGCGAGAGAGGAAGAACUAAGAAGAUAUUACAUGAGUCUCGAGCAGCGUCGUAAAGAAGGUGGUGACGGCAAGCCGGGCGCGCCGCCCGGGCCCGGGGGAGCUCCGCGGCCGCAGCCCGCUCACAAGCCUAAGGACAAGGACGACAAGCCUAAGGAGGAGGUUAAGGUGAAGCAAGAGGGACAGAAACCGACGACAGAAACACAGGGGCCUCCUCCACCUCCGACCUCUCAAUACUAUCUACCACCAUACAUGCAAGCACCGCAUUAUGGGGCUUUGCCCUUCGAUCCUGUAUACAGAGCACCCUUAAGCCCUAUGCUAGUCGGGGGCUUCGGUGGCGGUUGGACGGUGCCCAGAUACCACGCCCCGGAAGACCUAUCCCGACCAGGAGCACCAGGGAAGCUCGAACUAUUACCUGGCCACGGACAGUAUGCGUAUGGGGCUCAUAAUGCGCAUGCGCAACACAAAAUACAUGAGCUGCAAGAGCAUGCCAAGUCGCCCCAAGGGAAACCCCCGAGGCCGGAGCCCCCAAAGGAAUCCCCGCGGUCCCCGCCGCCUCAGAGACACGUGCACACCCAUCAUCAUACACACGUGGGGCUCGGCUACCCGCUCUACCCACCGCCAUAUCCCGCGGCCGCCGUUCUCGCGAGCACGCAAGCUGUGGUCAACUCUUUCCCGACACCACCUAAA